GUAAAACGAUUCGUGCAUCAUCAUUGCGAUUCCCAGUCGCGUUUUAUUUUAGAGACACAAGAAAAGACGACAGCAGCCCACAGGCACAGUCAGGGAGACAAAGCUGCGGCUUGCGGUAACAAGUUGAGGCAAGUUUCAACGGCCCGACCCGGCCCACCAGCAGAGGAAAGACUCGAUUCCUCCUCCCAUCUCCGCCGAGCCCGAAUUCGCACUCACGGCCGCGGCCAUGGAUUCCGGCGUGCCUGCCCCUGCCCUUUCCGCUGCCAAAGUCAAGCUGUGCCGGCGGUGCAAGGCGAGCUACGACCCCUCGGCCAACACGCGCCUCUCCUGCAGGUUCCACCCUUCCUUCUUCGUCUGCCGCCGACACGACGACCAGAAGAGGUACUACGAGCUCCGCGACGGCGACCCUCCGUACGCCGCCAAGUUCUACGACUGCUGCGGCGCCGAGGACCCCGACGCUCCCGGAUGCACCACAGACCUGCACCGUUCCUACGACGACGCCCAGGACUAGCAAGCAACCCUCCCUCCCUCUUCCACUUCCACACCCACCACAGGCCUCAUCUUAAUCUCCCUCUUUAGUCUCAUCUACCGUUUGCUUUUGCCUCCCCUCCCAUCCUAUCCUCUCUAGUCUGUAGAGGAGGAGAUAAGGAGAGCAGCUGUCCUGCUGCAGCCAUCAAAUUAAACCAUCUAUGUACAAUAAAUAAAGUUGCAAAAUAACCCGUGCUUGCUUUGAAUUCA